UGUGUUGUUUCGGUUUCCUUUUCAGUUUGUAAAAUCGCAUCGAACGGCACGGCUCGGGACGCGCGCGCAGUGAUCGGCAUCGGCAUCGGCAAUAGAGAAACAGAGUGGUGUGUCGGAAACGGUAGUGAGAACCGAGUCGAGUCCCCAAUAGAAAGCCCCUGUACCCGAAGAAGUAGGAGUCCGACACGGGCGGGGAGCGUGUGUGUAGUGUAGUGUAGUAGUGUAAUUCUCUCACCUAAUUUUUAGUUGUUGUUCCCAUUUUUCGAACAAAGUCCUGACUUGGUUUCGGAACGAAGAUAUAUAUUAGAGGAUAUACCAGCCGAGCGGAGUUAUGUUUUGCGGCAGAGCGCAUCGAGGAGGUCCAGGCCCCAGCGAAUAGCGCCAUGUCGUCCUACCGAAACCCAACCUAUUGAUACGUUUUCAAGUGCACAUGAGGUAGAUCGAGAGCGGGAGAUCGAGUGACUGAGCCUUGGUUUCCAGUGGGAGGACCAUCGAGUGGUGGGUGUGAGGAAGGAACUGCAACUGAAUCGUGGGGAAAGAGGACCGAGGGAAAUAUUCAGGUUUGAAACCACAAAACGCGGCACAAAACCUUCACCGAACACCCACAAUAGCAGCCACAACAAUACCCUAUACAUAACAUUCAACGCAACACCAAGAAAACCCCCAAUACACCCUCUAUAUAUACACUAUAUAUUGCAAAGAAAUCAUUGAAUCAUGACUUACAUACCAAAAAAAAUGCACUAUACGCAAGCAGCCAUGAAUCUGAUCAACAUGGACUCGGAGAAUCGGGUGGUGCUGAAUGUCGGUGGGAUACGACACGAGACAUACAAGGCCACAUUGAAAAAGAUUCCAGCGACGCGACUGUCGCGUCUCACGGAAGCCCUGGCCAACUAUGAUCCGAUACUGAAUGAGUACUUCUUUGAUCGGCAUCCGGGCGUAUUCGCACAAGUGCUCAACUAUUACAGAACUGGCAAACUGCAUUAUCCCACAGAUGUGUGCGGACCGCUGUUUGAGGAGGAAUUGGAAUUCUGGGGUCUAGACUCGAAUCAGGUAGAGCCCUGCUGUUGGAUGACCUAUACACAGCAUCGCGACACACAGGAAACCCUAGCCGUAUUGGAUCGUCUGGAUCUGGAUACGGAAAAACCGUCCGAAGAGGAAUUGGCACGCAAAUUUGGUUUCGAAGAGGACUACUACAAAGGCACCCUAUCCUGGUGGCAGGAAAUGAAGCCGCGCAUUUGGUCCUUGUUCGAUGAGCCCUACAGUUCCAAUGCCGCCAAGACCAUUGGCGUUGUUUCGGUAUUUUUUAUAUGCAUUUCGAUAUUGUCAUUCUGCCUGAAAACCCAUCCCGAUAUGAGGGUACCAAUAGUGCAAAAGGUGACCGUUCGAACGGCGAACGGUAGCACGGCCUGGGUCCUGGACAAGCCACAAACCAAUGCGCAUAUAGCCUUUUUUUAUAUCGAAUGCGUUUGCAAUGCCUGGUUUACAUUUGAGAUAUUGGUACGCUUUAUCUCAUCGCCGAACAAAUGUGAAUUCAUCAAGUCAUCUGUUAACAUCAUAGACUAUAUAGCAACGCUUAGUUUUUAUAUCGAUCUUGUGCUUCAGCGAUUCGCAUCGCAUUUGGAGAACGCUGACAUACUGGAGUUCUUCUCGAUCAUACGCAUCAUGCGUCUGUUCAAGCUAACGCGUCACUCGUCCGGCCUGAAGAUCCUCAUCCAAACGUUCCGUGCCUCGGCGAAGGAGCUGACCCUGCUGGUGUUUUUCCUCGUCCUUGGUAUUGUGAUCUUCGCCAGCUUGGUGUACUAUGCCGAGCGCAUACAACCGAAUCCGCACAACGACUUCAACAGCAUACCGCUUGGCCUGUGGUGGGCUUUGGUGACAAUGACCACCGUGGGGUAUGGCGAUAUGGCGCCAAAAACAUACAUCGGCAUGUUCGUGGGCGCCCUGUGCGCCCUGGCCGGUGUACUAACCAUUGCACUGCCAGUGCCCGUUAUAGUUAGCAACUUUGCGAUGUACUAUUCGCAUACGCAGGCGCGCGCGAAACUGCCAAAGAAGCGUAGACGAGUGCUUCCCGUCGAACAGCCGCGACAAGCGCGAAUACCAGGGGCUCCUGGCGGUGUCAGUGGUUGUGGCACACCGGGCUCGGGGCCACAUUCGGGACCCAUGGGCUCUGGCGGCACUGGACCGCGUCGCAUGAACAAUAAAACCAAGGAUCUGGUUAGUCCCAAGUCAGUUGCUCAACUCUUCGCAGGUCCACUGGGCGCCAGCAUCGUGGCGAUGAGUCCGCGUACGAUGCUCGAUUUGAAUCCGGCCUUGGCCAUGGGCAAGCCGACAUUUCAGCCCCGAUUCCCCACCCAACUGGCGGCCACACCGUCGCCCAUGGCCAGCACCAACACCCAUGGCGGUGCAGCCGCAGCAGCGGCAACGGCAACGGCAGUAGGCGUUGGAGCCACAACAACCACCGUAGUGGCACCGAUUGUGCCACCAACCAUUGCGGUCUCCACAACCGCUAGUGUGGGCAAGGACAGCGGAAUUUCCACAACAACCACCACAGCUACAGCCGCAGGCAACGCCAAUCUGGAGACCAGCAAGAAGGCCUUCCUCUAAAGGCAGCCAAGGCCCAACGGCCACUCUAUGAUCCUCUAUCCACCAUCUAAGCAAUAUCUAAUCGAAAUCUAAGGCUAUCAUCCUUCGCAUACGUAUUGUCUAAGUACCCAGAGUAUACAGAGAUAUAUAUGUACACCUAUGUAUUCCCCAAGUAUUCAGAGAUCGACACAGGGAUCCAAGGAAAACGAAUCAUCUUUGGGUUCCAUAUCAUAUCAUGUUUCAGUCUGUCCAAAAAAAAUAAUGUUUCAGUCAAGACAUAUCGGCUAUUUUCUGGGGUUCUCAUAUAAAUACGAUCCUAAGUUUCACUUUCAGACAGAGAAUCGGAUAUCCCUUCGGAGCAAAGAAAUUAGAGAUAUUUUUAAGGAUCCUAGAUCAUCCUUUUGUUUACUUAUAUGAGGUCUCAAAUCUAUAAAAAGAACCAAUCAAAUCUAAGCAGCAAUACAUGAUCGUAGAUCAUCAUUAUUUCUCUAGGAAUAUUUCCAGAUGAAUCAUAGAUCAUCUUUAUUUCUCUCAUAUCAAU